UUCUUUUCAUCUCAAUUCUGUGCAGUUGUCCCUUCACUCUGUAGCUGCGCCUCCAGUCUUAUUCUGCCUCAGUUGUAUUUUAUUUAAGACUGAAGAGCCGGUGUAGGAUGAUGAGCUGCGUGGACUCGUUCUGAGUUAACUAUUCCGUGAUUCUAACUGGCCCUGACAAAAGGUUGAUACAAUAUAGAAGCAGCUAGCUGUGAGUCAGCAGCAGCAAGAGCGGACCAGGAAGCGCCCUUGUUGCUGGAGAGCGAGCCUCUACCCGUCUGGGUGAUUGACAGGACUGUCCGUCCCGGGGAGCGCUCAGCCGCCUGUGCUUGUAGCGCCAGGCCGACUGAGAGGAUGCAAGCUGCGGGAGAGGACGGGGCGACUGCCCGGCAGACUCUGUCCGUGCAUAACUUCAGCGAGAAGCUGUCGGAGCUGACGGUGCAUUUUCACGUCCUCCGCAUGAAGGACAGCUUCUUCUUAUGGGUGGGGAGCUCCCCUAUCCUCUCCAACCUUGCUGUAGCCAUGUGCACCAAAUUUGACCCAAUGCCAGUGUCCACAUUAAUGCUUGGCGAUUCCUCUGACACCACUCCGAACUCUGUGGCACAAAGGCUAGCAAAGAAGACAGGAAAACAGGUUUUCAUCAGUUAUAACCUGCCCAGCACCAACGCCAGUCUCUCACUGCAGGUGGAAAACCGAAUCAAAGAAGAAAUGAAAGCUCAUCCAGACAAGUUUUAGUUGUUGUUUAACUUUUUGUUUUAAGGAAUUUUAGUUUGAUUUGUUUAAUAAAAUGUUAUAAAUGCC